AUGACUUUGCAACAGUUCGAUUACAUAUUUGCAAUCACUAUGAUGUUUGCAUUUCUAGAUGCAUUUAAUAUUGGGGCAAAUGAUGUUUCAAAUUCUUUUGCAUCUUCUAUUUCUUCUCGUUCGCUAAAGUACUGGCAAGCUAUGAUACUUGCAGGUAUUUGUGAGUUUUUAGGAGCUGUUUUAGCUGGUUCAAGAGUUUCAGGCACGAUCAAAAACGAUAUUAUCUCGGCAACACCUUACCUUGAAGAUCCAGCAGUAUUGAUGUUAACGAUGUCAUGUGCUCUUGUCGGUUCUGCCAUUUGGUUGACCAUUGCGACAUCAUGUGGUAUGCCAGUUUCUACUACACAUUCCAUAGUGGGGGGAACUAUCGGUGCUGGUAUUGCAGCGGGCGGUAGAGGAAGUGUUAAGUGGGGUUGGGGAGGUGUAUCGCAGAUCAUUGCAUCUUGGUUCAUUGCUCCAAUAUUUUCAGGUUGUUUGUGUACCGUGAUUUUUUUGAUAUCUAAAUACUCGGUUCUUGAUGUGAAACCGGUUGAAAGGUCAGUAAAGAAUGCAUUAUUUCUUGUCGGGUUUUUGGUAUUUGCAACUUUUUCGGUGCUAACUAUGUUGAUUGUUUGGAAAGGUUCUCCAAAUUUGAAAUUAGACGAUUUAUCUACAACUACGACUGUCACUUCUAUUGUUUUAACAGGUGCUGUUGCGUGUGUCAUUUACUUUAUCAUGUUUUUCCCAUAUUAUAGAAGAAAAAUACUUUAUCAAGAUUGGACUUUAAAGCUCACUGAUUUAUUGAAAGGACCAGCCCUUUACUUCAAACCUCAUGAUAAUAUUCCACCUAUUCCUGCUGGUCAGACAUUAACAAUUGAUUAUUAUGAGGGUAGAAGAUUUGGGGACAAUGUUUUGGUUGAAAAUGACAAAAGUCAAAAUAUUGAAGAAACGGAUUCGGAAGGAAGAAAGGAAAUUAUUAAUGCGGAUAGCGAGAUGGACAAAGAAGUAAUAUCGCAAGAUAUUGUUCUUUUACAGUCUACUUCUAAUUCAGAAGAUCCCCCAAUGACAACAAGGCAAUUAUGGUGGUCGCUAUUAAAGCAGGGCCCAAAAGAGUGGGGUCAUUUGGCUUGGCUAGUCCUGUCUCAUGGUUGGACCCAAGAUGUCAUCCACGCUCAAGUUAAUGAUAAGGGUGCCCUAUCUACAAAUUUUGAAGAUUUAUAUUCAAGGUCAAAAUUUUAUGACAAUAGAGUGGAAUAUAUUUACUCCAUAUUGCAAGCUAUCACUGCUGCUACAAUGUCCUUCGCACACGGUGCUAAUGAUGUGGCUAAUGCAACAGCUCCAUUGGCUGCUGUUUAUGAGAUUUGGAAAACAAAUAGAGUAGAGUCUGAUUCUGAUGUUCCUAUUUGGAUCUUAGUCUAUUGCGCAUCUGCACUUGUCAUUGGAUGUUGGACUUACGGCUACCGUAUCAUUGCAAAUUUAGGUAAUAAAAUGAUUUUGCAGUCUCCUUCCAGAGGAUUUUCUAUUGAGUUAGGCGCCGCGGUUACCACUGUUAUGGCCACACAACUGAGUAUUCCCGUCUCAACCACCCAAGUCGCUGUCGGUGGCAUUGUAGCUGUUGGUCUUUGUAACAAGGAUGUCAAAUCCGUUAACUGGAAAAUGGUUGCUUUUUGCUACUGCGGUUGGUUUUUGACAUUACCCAUUGCAGGUCUAAUCGCGGGUGUGUUGAACGGUAUCAUAUUAAACGCUCCUCGCUUCGGGGGAGAAUAUGAACUUUCAUAA